UUUUUUUUUAUUUUACUUUAUUUUAUUGUAUUAAGCCUAGUCUACUCGUACAAAUGAGCUUUUUUGCACCAAGAACAGCCACUUUAAAUAAAACAGAUAAAAAUGAUAAAGCAGAAUUGUUAAAAAAGAAUCAACCUUGGGUUGAGAAAUAUCGUCCAAAGACUAUGGAUGAUAUUUCAUCACAAGAACAGGCAGUACUUGUUUUAAAGAAAGCACUUCAGUCUGAAAAUUUGCCUCAUUUACUUUUCUAUGGUCCACCAGGUACUGGUAAAACAUCUACUAUUUUAGCCUUAGCUAAUGAACUUUAUGGUCCCAAGUUAAUUAAAUCACGUAUUUUGGAAUUAAAUGCCUCUGAUGAAAGAGGUAUUCAAAUUAUCCGUGAUAAAGUCAAAAACUUUUCCAGAACAACUGUUACAAACAAAGUCGAAGGUUAUCCUUGUCCAGCUUAUAAGAUCGUUAUUUUGGAUGAAGCAGAUUCAAUGACAAGAGAUGCUCAAUCAGCUUUACGUCGUAUCAUGGAAACUUAUUCUAAAACAACCCGUUUUUGUUUGAUCUGUAAUUAUGUUAGUCGUAUUAUCGAACCUAUUACAUCACGAUGUGCAAAGUUUAGAUUUAAAUCAUUACCAGUAGCUGAUUUAGAAGAACGUCUUCAAAUGAUUUGUGAGAGAGAAGGUGUUAAUUUAGCAGCCAAUACAUUAAAAACAUUAAUUGAAUGUUCAGGUGGAGAUCUUCGAAAAGCCAUCACAUUUUUACAAAGUGGAUAUAAUCUACAAGGAAAAAACCCAAUCACACCUCGUAUGAUUAAUGAAAUGGCUGGCAUUAUUCCUGAAGAAUCGAUGAAUGAAUUAAUCAACAUUUGGAUGAAUCAUGAUGAUGUGAAAGAGAUUCAGAGAAAAGUACAAAAUAUUAUGAAUGAAGGCUAUUCCGGAGAAAAUAUUAUGAAUCAAAUUCAUGAUGCCAUCAUUAAAAAUGAUAGCUUAAACACACUUCAAAAGGCAAAGAUCUCCCAAUAUAUGGCAACAGUGGAUAUUGAUUUAAUUCAAGGAGCAGAUGAACAUUUGCAAGUAUUAAAUUUGAUGGUGCAUAUCGCUGAGAUUGCAGCCAUUUAAUUAAAAUAAAUAACCAAAAAAAAAAAAAGAU